AUGUCGACUCUAGUUGAAUUCAAGGGCUACGCUCUCACAGAUUCUAAGAGGUGGGGCAACCUCGAGGUCAUAUCGCUCAAACCGAAGGCCUUCAAGUCAGAUGACGUUGAGAUCACCAUCACACACUGUGGUGGGUGGGGAGAGAGCAAGCUCCCCCUCAUCUUAGGCCACGAGAUUGUAGGGAAGGUAACGCGCGUCGGGGACAACGUCAAAGACAUUAAAGUAGGAGACCCCGUCGGUGUCGGCGCGCACAUCGGCAGCUGCAUGAGUUGCAGUGUGUGUAAGAGCGCCUACGAAAACUAUUGUGUCAACGGCAUCCCAACUCACAAUGGCGAGUACUCCGAUGGGGUGUUUGUCUUCUCCAUCCCGGACGAGACCGCGUCUCCCCAUGCUCUGAAAGUAUUAUAA